AAUUGGAAAAUGGCAGCGACGAGUGUUGUCGUUCUCGACAGAGGCAAUAAUACAACUUGUACCGUAAAUCUUUUCGGUGCAACAGUAGUAUCAUGGCGAGUUAAUAAUCAAGAACAAUUAUUUGUUAGUAAACAAGCAAUAUUCGAUGGCAAGAGGCCGAUCCGAGGGGGAGUACCUUUUGUAUUCCCCCAAUUCGGCGACUGGGCGUUUGGGCCGAUGCACGGGUUCGCGCGCAUCGCUCGUUGGCACGUGGAGAAGAUGCCCGAGAGAUUGCCCAGCGGCGACGUGGAGGCCAUCUUCAGCCUCAUGGACGAUGACUUCACUAGGUCCAUGUGGCACUUUCAGUUCAGACUGACCUACCGGCUGAUCCUGCGCGAAAAGGAGCUGCACUUCAACAUCGGCGUGUACAACCCGAGCAAGGAGCUCACGUUCAGCUGCCAGCUGCUGCUGCACACGUACUUCAAGGUGCCCGAUGUGAGACGCUGUCAGAUCACCGGCUUGCACGGGUGCAUGUUUAUAGACAAGAGUCGCGACGGUGUAAUGUACCAAGACACCCGCGAGGUGGUCACCAUCAACGAGUGCACGUCACGCAUCUACCAGAACACGAUGCAGGAGCACAUCAUCACCAACGUGGUCAGCGGCCGCAAGAUGAGGAUACAGAAGUAUAACUUCCCGGAUACCGUGAUCUGGAACCCGUGGGCGGAGCUGGCCAAGGAGAUCCCGGACCUGGGCGACGACGAGUUCCCCAACAUGGUGUGCGUGGAGGCCGGCCGCAUCGCCACGCCCAUCGUGCUGCUGCCCGGCACCGCAUUCGAGGCCAGCCAGAUCCUGCAGGUUAUGUAAAUAUCGCGUACGCGAUCGUACAACCGUCCAGUGGAGCGAAGUCAAUUGCGUAUGUUUAUGACAAUAUUACCGGGGCGAUACAGGCAGCUACGGUCUAUAUCUGAAUAAUUGUCUAUUGCAUGAAACAAACCAUAGUUAACAAAUACCAUAGACAAUAAAUUGAGAUUUGUCACGUCAAUGUCAACGUCAAUAUGGGCGACUUAUUUUUUUUCCACAGAUUAAAAUAAUUUAGUUUUUAAUGCUGAAGAUAAUUAUUUAGAUAUCGUCCUCACUCGCGUUACAUGUUAUUCCUAUCUCCUACUCAUUGUGUAGUUAGUCUAUGUAAUUGUAGUAAGCAGCGAAUAUUCCGUUAUUUUAACUGAAAUUCUAAAAAAUAUCAAUUAAAGAUACAAGAAUAUUAUGGUUGUGUUCGUGUCAGAACUUAUUCAAGUUGUAGCUUAACCUAUAUCCACAAAUGAUACAAACCUUUGUCCAUUAUAUAAUAUAGUCCAUUGCAUUUAUAAAUAAUUUAAAUAACAUAUCCAGCCUCUUCAACGUUAGCAUAAUGAUGUCAAUUUUGUAUUUUAACUACUAAUUAGUAGGAUUUUUAAUAUUUUAAUUAUUAUUAACCUAAUGUAAUGCCUUAGGCAUGUUAAUAGGGCGCUAGAUUAACUCAUAUGCAAUAUUUUUCAAUGUUUAAGGUGGUUACGCCCUUUUUAAUUAAUAAUGAAUAUUCGAUACGAUAAUAGUGUAAAGACAUUUCAGUCCAUUUUUAAUUUUGAAAAUAAAAACAUGAAUUUAUAAUUUAAUGUAACUAAGCAGCUAUUUCGCACAAAUAAUCUUAAUAAUGAUUAAAUCUUGCCAAUUUUCUUUCAACUCUAGUACUUUUUCCUAUUACUACCUGUCUUCCUUUUUUUCUUGUUAUCAGCAAUUUAAAUGCUUUUAUUGUCUUAUUAAUUAUUUUUAACAUACAAUUAGUAAUCGAUUGAGCAUACUGUCAAUUUUAUCUUAUAACUCUUUCUCUACGCAUAAUACUCAUGUAAUGUGUUACAUUGUUAACUUGUUUUUUAUUAAGUUAGCGUUAUUUGAUGGGUUCCGUAACUUAAGUUAACUCGACGUUCCAAUUUCAUUCCUAUUUACUUGAUAAGAAUUUUACUUUUUUACUGUUUACAAUAAGAAGCAUUUGGUUUUAGGGUUAAUGAAGUUUUUUCUUGAAUCUCGCAUGUUAAUUAAAUCUAUGUACAUAUGUACUGAAUCUCAGCCCCGUGAAUGUACAAAUAUUUUUUUUAUAUAAUUCUUUUUCUUUGGAUACUUUUGGAGGCUUUUAAAGUAUACGAGAUAAUUGUAAGAAUAUGUACUUAGUUAUAAAGUUCCUCGUUCUGUUUGUAUUGAAAAAUUGAUAACCGUUUAUGCGAUUUUUGUAAGCUCUCUAUAAACAGCCGAGCACAUGCACACUAUUUUAAUGUUUUUAUUGUUCCUGAAUGUUUUUCAUUCUAAAUAAAAGUAAAAUUAUGUCAUGUUAUGUAUUUGUUUUAUAUGGCGUGUGCUCUGUUUUAUUUUAAAAAUUGUAAGACAUUAAUUUUCGUCAAGGUUCGUAUGUAAACAUAGUUAAUAUUUGGUGAUCUGAUAAUCGACAAUUAGCAACGAAGUGUACUUCCUUAGGUGCAAUAAAGUGAAUAAGACAUUA